UAGUGUUAAUUUCGUAACCAAACGUCUCCCAUCGUCUUGUGGCGAUUAUGAAAGUCACUGAUAGAAGACGACGGAGCUGGAAACUGAUGAGUGGUAGUCCAACGCCUCGCGUCAUCAUCUGAUGAAAUGCAUCAACUCAAAAUCAAAGCCAUGCUCGCCGCACCACUAAGGUUCUCAAAACUCCCACUUCCCAUCUUCAAAGCUAAGUCCUACACAUCUUCUUCUUCUUCUUCUUCCUUCAACCAUCCACAAUGGUCUGGUCUUCAAACAUGGAGAGUCAAUCCUCUCAACGAGGAUCGUUUUUGGGGACCCACCGGUCCCCAACCCCCGACAUCGUCACCUUCCUCCUCGGCUGAAGUCGAUGAGGGUUCCGUAGCGUCCGCUUCUUCUCUGGCGGAAUUGGGCACUCUGGUUCUCUCCACCGGUGAUCCUCUUGCCAAAUCGAAGCUUUCUCAUCUCGCUUACUCCAGGUGGCGCCGACACAAUCUUCCUAUUGGGGUUUCUGUGCCGCCUGAUCGACCCGCUCGCCCUACCAAACCCCAAUUGGUGUCCCCAAAAGAAAUUCCGUCUCCCAAAAACUCUGGCUUGCCGCUUAAUGCUUAUAUGCUACAUAAUCUUGCUCAUGUGGAGUUAAAUGCUAUUGAUUUGGCAUGGGAUACUGUUGUCCGGUUUUCAUCAUAUAGUGAUCUUCUUGGAGAAGGUUUCUUUGCUGAUUUUGCUCAUGUUGCUGAUGAUGAGAGUCGUCAUUUUGCUUGGUGUUCACAAAGACUGGCUGAGCUUGGUUUUGGCUAUGGAGACAUGCCGGCUCAUAAUCUGCUUUGGAGGGAGUGUGAGAAGUCAUCCGAUAAAGUUGCUGCCCGUUUGGCAGUUAUACCAUUAGUCCAGGAGGCUAGAGGACUAGAUGCUGGGCCAAGGCUUGUGCAAAGAUUGGUUGGCUUUGGAGAUUGUAGGACAUCCAACAUUGUGGCUAGGAUUGCUGAUGAAGAAGUUGCACAUGUGGCAGUUGGUGUCCACUGGUUUGUUUCAGUCUGCCAGAAAAUGGGUCACACCCCUUGCUCGACUUUUAAAGACUUGUUAAGAGAGUACAAUGUGGAGCUCAAAGGACCCUUCAAUUAUUCAGCUAGAGAUGAAGCAGGAAUUCCGCGAGACUGGUAUGACGCAUCAUCUACCAAUAAACAGGAUAACGGGCAGCUUUCUGAGGUUUAUGAACGACUUGCUUGCAUAAUCUCUAUGGAAAAAGAAAACUCAAGUAUGAAUAGUCCCCCUGGAUGAUCAUUGUUCUGCAGAAUCAGCUCAAAUUGGAUAACAUGUUCUUUUUGCUGUGAGCAAAUGGGUGUGAAACAGAAUCCCCUGUUUGGUUGCAUUUUCAUCUCCACUAAGGGGAGUUAUUUGGAUUUAUGAUAUGACAGGCUACACAGUAAAGCCAAUUUGAUGCAAUCCUAAUUCUUGCUGAAUUGGGUGAGAGGCUACAGAUAAUUGAAAGUCUGGUUUUGAAGUGGUCUGUGCAGCUUUGAUAGAAUUCAUUGUUUUGAAGUGGUCUUUCCCUUGUGAUGAGGGUCUAUGACAUAAACCUUGCUCACCCAGUCAUGGAGUUGAAGUUUCUCAAGCUCAAAAAUGAUACAGAGCGUGAUAAUUGAGAAAAGAAGACAAGUUCAAAUGAAAGUAACAACAUAAUAUUUGUGUAAAUAUCAAUCAACCUCACUUCAUCCAAACUAACAGAUGGAGGAUUUAAUGAUAAAAAUUACUUAUGUUAUAAGAAUGAGUAGAUUUCUUUGGUCUAAUAUCUGAGCAAACAAUCGUUGUCCUUGUUCAUGUUCUCUAAACAGUGUAUUAGUGACCAUUUUUCUUGUUUAAAGGAUUGAGAUUUUUAUUCUUACCACAUUACCCUUGAUUAUCUGACCUACUGUAAGGUCGGGUAACAAAGACGUGAUUCUAAGUCGUAACGUUAUUUUUUUAAUGACGAUUAUUGUUUUGUUUUA